AUGACGUUUUUCCUUUUUGUACUGUUCACUUUGUCUCUGUUGUUUGCCACUGCUGCCGUUCGUGGUCCAGUUUUUGGUUUUUUUUUCUUUUCUUUACCAAGUACUUAAUUUAUACAUGGUGUCCAUAUUAUGAAAUAUUUAACGUCGCUUUUUACAAUCACACCGACAAGGUUUUAAAUCUUGAAUAAAAAUCUUGUGCUACCCAAAAGACGUGGCCUUCGUUCGUCGUCUUGCUUGUUGAUCCAAUUCGGUCAAAUCAAUAACUGUCUAUUGGUCGGGCGACAUCCUAAUAAUUGAAAAAAUACCAGCGAUGGAGCCAAACUUCUUGAUCGGUGCAAAUCCAAUGCCACUGUACAAAGCUUUCCCGGGCGAGUUUAAACCGGAUGCCGGCAUCAACGUGACCGGAAGCACUAUUCGCGGAAUCGAGGGAAGUUACACGAUAGAUCCGUUUCCGGUGGCACAGACGAAACGCAACCAUUACGAUAGCCGGCACGGGGCGAAAAUAAAGUAUCUCAUCAUGCAUUACACGGUGAUUAAUUUCGCGUUGACGGUGCAGACGUUCACGGCUAACGCGGACACUCGUCGGGUCAGCGCGCAUUUCGUCGUCGCCCAAAACGAAGCACACGUAGCAGCCGGUAAGUUACUGCAAGUCGUGCCCGAGGACAUGAGGGCGUGGCACGCGGGCCUGAGCGCUUGGCAAGCCGACGAGGACUUGAACCCGGUGUCGUUGGCGGUUGAACAUGUUAACCAGGGCUUUCGAGAAACGACGGGCGCCCAAAGACAAUAUUACCCCUACGACCAAAAUCAAAUUCGCAGCUCUGGCGUGCUGAGCAACAGCAUUGUCAGACAGUACAAUAUUUUACCCCGGCACGUGCUGGGCCACGAAGACAUCGCGCCGGGGCGCAAGUACGAUCCGGGUCCAUACUUUCCGUGGGCUGUGUUCUAUCAUAAUUACAGCGUGGGCGCGUGGUUGGACCAAGAAGAAAUGGACAAAGAUGCGAUUAUCCGGAAAUACCGUCCGCAGCGACCUUACCCUCUGCAGCCCGACCGCGACGUCUUACUGGACAUGUUGACCUCUUAUGGAUAUUCCCUGCGAGGAACCACUCCUUCCGGUGUCAUCAGAGCUUUUAAAACGCAUUUCUCCGCUAACCAACGCCCUGACAUGUGUGACGACAACGUCAGAGAAGAAGACAUGUUUUGGGCUUGGGCCUUGGAAGCAAAAUAUAGUAACAUCACUCCUUCCAAGACAACGCCUAGCCCUCCCUCCCACAUUCCUAAUUUUGCCCAAAAAGCCCCACAUAAAAUGUGGUUUUUAAUUUUAGCUAUACAAGCUAUUAUACGAAUUUCGAAUUUGUAAUUCAAGUGUAACUCGGUUUUAAAACGUGCAAGUUACUCUUCAGCCCUCUACAACGUUAUCAAAAUCUACCUUAGCACUCCCCCCCCCCUCCUAUCCUGUUUUGCCCAAGUAGACCCUGUCCAAUUUUAAGACAUAGAUGUAUGUCCGUAAGGUGAAAUUACUAAUGAUCGACUUAAAUUUAAAAUUUAAAUCAAGCUGAUUUUUGUAAUUUAUUAUUAUUAAGGUAAAAAUGAUUAUUAAACUAAUAAUUUUAGUUGAAACAACGAUUGUCCAAGGUAUUUUAUUUAAAAUAAAUUAUGGUUGGUUUA